AUGGCUCCUUCAGCAGACAUUAGCAAUGGCAAUGCCCCCAAGAGAAGCUUGGAUGCACUUAUUGUAGGCGCAGGCUUCGGUGGGCUCUACCAACUUCACUAUCUACGAAAGUUGGGCUACAAUGUCAAGGUAGUUGAUAAUGCUGGCGGUCUUGGGGGAAUCUGGUGGUGGAACUGCUAUCCAGGUGCCAGAGUGGACAGCGAUGUCCCGAUGUACGAAUACAGCAUCGAAAAUCUUCACAAGGAUUGGACCUGGUCCGAGCGGUUCCCAUCCUGGCCGGAGCUCCGCGAAUAUUUCAAUUAUGUUGACAAGAAGCUCGACCUGAGCAAGGACAUUGAAUUAAGGAAAACGGUUACAAGUGCCGAGUUUGAUGUCGAUUCCAGCAGAUGGAACGUCAAGCUUAGCACGGGAGAAGCCAUUGACUGCAAGUUCCUUGUCCUCUGCACUGGAUUUGCAGCCAAGCAUUAUGUUCCCCCCUUCCAAGGGUUGGACAAAUUCAAGGGGGUCAUGCACCACACAGCGAAAUUCCCACAAGACGGACUUGAUUUCAAAGGGAAGAAGGUCGCUGUCAUUGGUACUGGAGCAUCCGGUGUUCAAACUAUUCAAGAGGUUGGCCAUGAGGUGGCUGAUCUCACUGUUUUCCAAAGAACCCCCAAUCUCUGUUUGCCUAUGAACCAAACCAAGCUCGAUCCUAAAGAAGAGGAUCGCUUAAAGGAAAAUGGCACGUACGACAAGCAUUUCAAAUACCGACGCGAGACAUUCGCCGGCUUCCACUUCGAUUUCAACGAAAAAGUAGGUGCGGAUGAUACCCCAGAGCAGCAGAAAGCGUUCUAUGAGACGUUGUGGGGUGGCGGCGGGUUCCGCUUCUGGCUCGCCACCUACAAGGACUUGCUGUUCGACAAAAAGACCAACGAUACUGCCUACGAGUUCUGGUCUGAGAAGACCCGCGCAAGGGUUAACGAUCCAAGGAAACGGGAUAUCGUCGCCCCGACCCUGGAGAAUCAACCUCAUACAUUUGGAACCAAGAGACCUUGUCUUGAGCAACGCUAUUAUGAGGUUUAUAACCAGGACAACGUCGACAUUAUUAACAUUAAGGAGAACCCAAUUGAUACUUUCACCGAGAAAGGCAUCAGGACAGCGGACGGCAAGGAACGCGAGUUCGAUAUCAUCAUUCUCGCCACUGGCUUCGACUCCGUCACAGGCGGGUUAGUGCAAAUCGACAUCAAGGGAGCCGACGGCGUGUCGCUAGCAGAUAAGUGGUCCAAGGGAACCUGGACUUUCCUUGGGAUGAGCACUGCCAACUUUCCCAACAUGUUCUUCCUUUACGGACCUCAAGGACCAACUGCUUUCGCCAACGGCCCUACCAUUGUGGAGCUUCAAGGUGACUGGAUCAUUGAUGCUAUUGAAUAUACAACCAAGAACAACAAGAAGACAAUCGACCCAACCGCGCAAUCCGAGGCUGGCUGGCAAGUUCCAACAUCCUUCUGCGGAGUGACUAAGCACGUCGCUGAGCUUUCCGAUAUCACUCUUUUCCCCGGAACUGAUUCUUGGUACAUGGGCGCAAACAUUCCAGGCAAACCUCGAGAGGCUCUCAACUAUUCUGGCGGUAUCCCAAGAUAUGUCCGGGAAUCGCAGGAAGUUGCAGACAAGGGAUAUGCGGGCUUUACCUUUGAUGCGCCUUAUGCACAGAUGAAAGAGGCGGCUGUUCAGGCUUAG